AUGUCCUAUGACCGCUACGUUGCCAUCUGCAAGCCCCUGCACUACGGGACCUUGAUGGACAGCAGAGCUUGUGCCACCAUGGCAGCAGCUGCCUGGGCCACUGGGGCUCUCAAUGCUCUGCUGCACACUGCCAGUACAUUCUCAAUGCCUCUGUGCCAAGGCAAUGCUGUGGAUCAGUUCUUCUGUGAAAUCCCUCAGAUCCUCAAGCUCUCUUGCUCAGAAUCAGACUACCUCCGGGAAAUUGGAUUUAUUAUAGUUAGUGUUCUUGCCGUACUUGGGUGUUUUAUAUUCAUUGUUGUGUCCUAUGUGCAGAUCUUCAGGGCUGUGCUGAGGAUGCCCUCUGAGCAGGGCCGGCACAAAGCCUUCUCUACUUGCCUCCCUCACCUGGCUGUGGUCUCCCUCUUUGUCACCACUGCCUUUUUUGCUAAUCUGAAGCCCCAUUCCUUCUCCUCCCCCUCUCUGGACCUGGUGGUGUCAUUUCUGUACUCGGUGGUGCCUCCGACACUGAACCCCAUUAUCUACAGCAUAAGGAACCAGGAGCUCAGGGAUGCAGUGAGGAAAAUUAUGUCAUGGUCACAUUUCAGCAGGCAUAAACUUCUCACCUGUCUCUACAAAUGA